GCAGGUUAAGCCCCGGGGGUGAUGCCGCAAGUAGUUGAAUGAGCAAAUACAAGCGUGACGCGCGGUUUAACGUUUCCACGGGAAAAAAAACAGCACGGCAGUGAUCAUCCCUUUCAGUUGGAGUGCAGCCUACGCCCAGCACCAGCACCAUGGCCGCGGACACAGGCGUGAGAUCGGAGAUGGACGAGCUGCAGCGGCGGGCCAAUCAGGUGACAGAUGAGUCUCUGGAGAGCACUCGCAACAUGAAGCUGCUUCUGGAGGAGAGUAAAGAUGCCGGGAUCAGAACACUGGUCAUGCUGGACGAACAAGGAGAGCAACUGGAGCGGAUCGAGGAGGGCCUGGACCAGAUCAACCAGGACAUGCGUGAGGCCGAGAAGAACCUGACCGACCUGGACAAGUGCUGCGGCCUCUGCUCCUGUGAGAAACUGAAGGACUUUGAGGCCAGUGGUGCGUAUAAGAAGGUGUGGGGCAACAACCAGGACGGGGUGGUCUCCAGCCAGCCCUCGUCUCGCGUCGUGGACGACCGGGAGAGAAUGGUCAUGAGCGGGGGAUACAUUCGCAGAGUGACUAACGAUGCUCGAGAGGACGAGAUGGAGGAGAACCUGGCCCAGGUGGGCAGUAUCCUUGGCAACCUGCGGAGCAUGGCUAUAGACAUGGGCAAUGAGAUCGACACACAGAAUGUCCAGAUACAGCGCAUCCAGGAGAAGGCUGAUGUCAAUGAAUCACGCAUUAGUGAAGCCAAUCAGAGAGCACACAAGCUCAUUAAGAAGUGACCGGACUAAAAGACUGGUGUUUCUGUGAAAACACUGUACUAUCAACAUCCUUUGUCAUGUGAGCCCACCCCCCGCAACACUUAUACUUUGUGGUUGAUGAAGGCUGUCUGUUUGGAUAGUCAUCCUUAUAUUGUUGUUGUUGUUGUUUUCUAUGCAAUAUGGCAUAGGAUCUCAUUUGUUUUGUUUAUAUAUUUUUUAUAUUGUGCCUACUGAAGUAAUGAAUGUUACAAAAAACACAGUUCAUACAGUAUAUUGGCCUUGGUGAAGCUUUUGUUGAGCAGUAAUGCUCAACCUUCAAUACUGCCAUCUGCUGGUGAGAACGGGAACUGCAUCAGCCAUACUGUCUUCAAAAUGGAACCUCUGGUUGUGUGAAAUGUGCUGUGUUCUCUUUUCCCUCUGCCCUUGUUCAGUCUAAAGAAGCUAUCCUGUGCCCUUUCAAGUAAAUCCAAUCAACAGAAUUGCUCCUCGGUAGCCACAGAGCUGCCAUAUUUGUGCUGCUGUGUUAUACUGUAUUCUAGAUAUGGAACAUGACAGUGACAUCAUACCAAACUAACAGCUGGUUUCAGCAUCCCUCUUGACAAUCCCUCCCUUUCUGUCUGUCACAUGUGCUUCUGUGUUUCAUUGCGUGAUGAAGACUGAUUCCUAAGAAGUGUGUUCACAUUGCAGAGCUGUGGUUUUCAUUGAGGCCACACAAGUACAAGGCUCCCAUUGCUUGGCGGUGGCAAGAUGAAGUCUUAGUUCAGUUUGUGCUUGGAUGGAACAGUGAAUGCAGUGAACUAGGUUUACUUGCAGCCUGGCUCUCACGCCUUUACAAAGACGACAGACGAUAUUGAUUAAGAUGAAUAUGUAAAUGAACUUUGACAAGAUUUGGGAAAGAUUGUUGAAAGAUUAGAGUCUUUUGAGACAAUUGCCCCCCCUAUUCAAGCUUUAUUCAAAAGACUACAAUCUUUCAAGAAUCUUUCCCAAAUCUUGUCAAAGUUGUUUGGUGUAAGGAGGCCAUCAGGCUACUGUUUAUGUCACCUGUCAGAGGAAAUACAUGUUUUGAUUUGCACACACAUUUAUAUAGCUUAGUCGUAUAGUCUUAAACGCUGACGUUCCAGGUGCUCAUAUUUGUUUUCACUACAUUUCCUGUACGUGUAAAUACACUUGAUAGCUAAGUGUAAAAAUUGUCAGUACACAGUAAAUUGGAGGAGUGAUCCAGUAGCUCAUCUCUGGUACCAUCACUCACAUGAUGGUACUUCCUCAUUGUAUCUGGUGAGUGACUACUGCAUUGGUUUGGUUUGGUUUUGCGUAAUUAAAUCAGGUCUAAAUGUGGCCACAGGGUGCUCGUGUACACUUUCAUUUUUAUUUUAUUUUUCUCUCUCUCUCUUUUUAAGAAGCCUAUUUUGCCUGUUAGCAAGUUUUAUUUAAUUUAUAUUUAUAUUUCCUUU